AGCAACGUACCCCUAUCCAUGCUAGUUGAAGAGGAUUGGCGACCAGAUAUCAAAGUCAUCAAAGUGGAACUUUCCAUCCAUACAUGUAACAAGGGAUAAGAGUAUACCUAGUGUGCCUAGGUAAGGUUCUCCCACCUUUAUCUUGCCGUGCUUGGGAUUUCAUAUAUCGUCCUGUCCAAACUCCUUCAAGCUUUCUCACUUCACAUCUCCUUCGAAAUGGCUGAUGAAUACCCCUCAUCGAUGCCAACUCCAGAGCCAGAGUCGCCUUCGAGUAUACCUUUCAACGAUGAAACAACCGCGCUCCUGCCAAAGGCGCCUCUGGCUGAUGCGCAAACUAAUACUCCCCAAUACCGGCAAUGGCUGGCUGAAAUAUGGUUCUUGACCAAGGCAGCUAUCCCGGUGAUAUUAGCUUAUACGCUCCAAAACAGCCUUCAGACCCUCUCGGUUCUGAUCGUAGGCCGCCUCUCCCCAGAAGCAUUAGCUACGGCUGCUUUCUGCUAUAUGUUUGCAAUGGCCACGGGCUGGUUGAUCGCGAUGGGCGGCACGACAGCGCUCGACACGCUCGCAUCGACGAGCUUCACCGGCUCUCAAGACAAGCACGACCUUGGCAUCCUGCUGCAACGCGGCAUCAUAGUGCUGACCGCAUUCUACGCCGUCGUGGCCGUAAUAUGGGGGUUUUCCGGCCCCCUAUUCCGAGCCCUCGGCCAGGAAGAAUUCAUCUGCGUCGAGGGGAGCAAGUUUCUACAUAUUCUGAUUCCGGGAGGCCUGGGAUACGUGUGGUUCGAGUCGAUGAAGAAGUACUUGCAGGCGCAGGAGAUAUACAGGCCGGGGACAUACGUGCUUCUGAUCACGUCGCCGCUCAAUGCAUUGCUCAACUACCUCUUUAUUUAUCCUCUCGGUUUGGGCCUCUAUGGUGCCCCUCUUGCGACGGGCAUAUCGUACUGGAUUUCGUUCCUGCUCCUCGUCGCAUACGCAACCUUCAUACACGGCCACGAAUGCUGGGGUGGAUUCGAUUUUCGUCGCGCGGCCUCGAAUCUUUGGCCGUUCGCACGCCUGGCCUUCUUAGGAGUUAUCCACGUGGGCACGGAGUGGUGGGCUUUUGAGAUUGUUGCUCUAGCUGCUGGCAGACUUGGCACCAUCACGCUCGCCGCACAGUCCGUCAUCAUGACGGCCGAUCAGGUCAUCAACACCAUCCCUUUCGGUCUGGGCGUCGCCGCCUCGGCUCGGAUAGGCAAUCUCCUAGGAGCACGGAAGCCCCGCGAUGCAGCACGCGCUGCCCACUGCGCCGCCAUCUUAUCUACGAUUCUGGGUACCGUUAUACUCACCAUUCUGAUGAGCACCAGAAAUGUUUUUGGCAGGAUCUUUAACGACGAUGACCGCGUAGUUCAGCUCGUCGCAGACGUCAUGCCUUUUGUCGCGCUGUUCCAGAUCGCCGACGGGCUGAACGGGAGUUGCGGCGGUGUACUCCGAGGCAUGGGGCGACAAUGGAUCGGUGCUCUUGUUAAUCUACUCAGCUACUACGGCGGCGCGCUACCAGCGGGAAUCUACCUUGCUUUCCACGGAUGGGGUCUUCAAGGCCUAUGGGUUGGACAAUGUGUUGCUUUAUACCUAGUUGGAAUCCUUGAAUGGGUGAUUGUCGGGUUAAGCAAAUGGGACAAGGAGGUUGAUAGAGCACUGGAUAGACUUGAUGCUGACGAGGCUGGGGAUAAUUACGCCUCUAGAAUAGGAGAGGCUACAGUUCCGAGCGAAGUAUAAAUAAGUCAGGUACACAGGCAAGAAAAAAGCGACACUAUAUACAAGGGAAGGGUAUUCAUUUUGAAUGUUAGAAGCUUCCAAGAAGCAUAACUACCUACCUAACCUAGGUCAAAUACCAAACUAAGAAACUAUCGUUUCUUUAUAUUACGGGCGUCCAGUAUACCCGAAUUGCUAUUUCAAGUAACGAAUGUCACUAUAAAACCAAAACCAUGAUUAUUACAAAACAGAAAAGAAUAUCGGCUUAAGCGAGAGUUAGCGAAGCUACCCUGUGUACGCUACAUAAAAGCCUCGGUAUCGUGUUCUUGCGUGGAGGAAGCCUGGCCGUGAAUGAUGAUCCCCCUUGUUCUCGUCAACUUUUCCUUUUGCCCGUGCCUCACGGCAAUUAUAUAAACAGACGAGUAUAUGCAGUAUGGUACAAGAAAUGAAAUUUUCAAAUAACUCCGA